AAAAAUUCAAACUAAACAAACAAAUAAUAAAACGCUAAAAAAUUUGUUAAUUCAAAUGAUAAUUCAAUGGAUAAGUUUGUUAUUAUUUGAUAAUAAUUAUCAAUAAUAAUAAUAAUAAUAAUUAUGAUGAGGUGUAUGGUUGGCCUACUAAUAGCUACCGAUAGAUUGGUCGGACAGCCGUUUGGUUGGCUAUUGGAUGAUAACAACAAUAGGCGACAACCGUUACAAUUGAUCGGUUUGAUUGUACUUAUAAUAAACGUAUCGUCACUGAUAUCCGAUACAACCUAUUGUGUUGUCUCAGCAGCCGCUGCUUCUGUAGCUGCAGAUCCAGUUCCCCGUUUAGUGUCGUCCAAACAUGUUGUCAUUCAAAGUGCCGCAUUACUAUCAGGUAUUAAGUUACCCAUCGAUAAAAUUGAAGAUCAAACUGUUUAUCCGGAAGUCCGGACAGUUAACGGCAGUCGUGCGGAACUGUCGUGCAAUACGACACCGGCCAUGAAGGACGACCAGAUAACACUAAUCCUAUGGUACAGAGGAAACAGUAGCCGUACGCCAAUCUAUACGGUAGACAAUCGAGAUCCGGGAGGUGGUGGAGGAGGAGGUGAUGGCAGCCGACAUUUUUCUAGCGAUAUAUUUGCCGGCAAUCGGGCCACGUUUAACGUAUCGGCCGGAAAACCAGUGGCAAUGCUAACGAUUAGUCCAGUGGUCGAUACGGAUACUAUGGACUACAGGUGUCGUGUAGACUAUCGCUGGGGUCGGACAAUGACCAGUCAUGUCUACCUUAAUGUUAUUGUGCCUCCUCAUUCAGUUGUGAUACGCGAUCUGAACGGCUCAGUAGUACCGGACGGUACUGUUGUCGGACCAUACGAUCAGGACAUGGAUCUGGUGUUUACCUGUCAGGCUGAUGGAGGAAAUCCUCCGCCAGUAUUGCACUGGUAUAGGGGCGACGGGUCGACCCUUAUUGACAAUACCUAUACUGUCAGUCCUAAUGGUCUAUCAACUGUUGUCAAUGAUAUACAUGUAUAUAAUUUGUCGCGCACCGACCUACUAGUUAACUACAGUUGUUUAGCCGAUAAUUUUGUAGCCAAUAAUAGCCAAUCAGCGAUACGCCGAUCGUUUACUAUUGAUAUUAAUUUAUUGCCACAAACUGUUAAUAUUGUAUCCGUCAGUAAUAUGCUGUCCGCCGGACGUAAAGUCGAGAUAAUUUGUCAAACAAAUGGUUCACGACCGCCGGCAGUGAUUGUUUGGUUCAAAAAUGGCAAACAAUUACAACAUUCACAGGAAACGGUAUCAUCGGAUGGCAACACUACCACUAGUAUAUUGAAUCUGAUGCCUACCGUUUCCGAUGAUAAUGCCUUAUUGAUAUGUCGUGCCCAAAAUCCUAGGAUACAGGGGCUGCCCAAYCAGGGAUUUAUUGAGGAGGGCUGGGAGCUGCAAGUUUAUUACGAUCCAAAAGUUACGCUAACUAUUGGCAAGAAAAGCAAAUUAGUAGUACUUAGAGAGGGAUCAGAAACGGUGAUGGACUGUACAAUCAAAUCAAAUCCCGGAGCCACAGAUAUACAGUUUAUGUUCAAUGGCUCACAGAUUAUUGCCGACAAUACUAACGGUGUAGUAAUAGCCAACUCAACGCUUAUCAUACAUGAGCUACGACCCCGACAUCGAGGGAAAUAUAGCUGCAGUGCCCGUAAUCUUGAGGGCCGGGGUGUCAGCAAUGAGGUGAUGCUCGACCUCAGGUACACACCAAUUUGCCGAAACCCAGAGGUCAGGCAUACGAUAGCUAUGGCCAUCAACGAGUCUCAAGUGCUCAGGUGUUCGGUCGAAGCCCAACCAUCGACGGACGUAUCGUUUUACUGGACAUUCAACAAUCUGGAGGUCAACUCAAGCCGCUAUACGUCCUCCUCAACAUCGACCCGUAGUAGCGACGGUGUCGGCGGCAAUGAUCUGACCAGUGAUCUACAGUUUACUGUCCGAUCGGCCGACGAUUUUGGUCUCGUAUCGUGUUGGUCGAAAAAUGAGAUCGGCCUACAACGUGAACCGUGUGUCUAUCAUAUAAUAACAGCCGUACCUCCCCGUCCCCUAAACGGCUGUCUGGUCAUCAAUCGUACGAUGCAAUCGUUGACCAUCGAGUGCCUGCCCGGCGACAGCCAAGGACUACGGCAGACAUUUUUCGGCCAAAUUGUCGACACUGUCUACCAGACUGUAGUGAAAAACUUGAGCCUGACUACAAGUGCCGUAUUUUUCAUCGACCAACUGUCCUCCGGUACCGACUAUACAGUGAAUUUGUAUGCCUUGAAUGCCAAAGGCCUGAGCGAACCGAAACAAAUGUUUGUGUCGACACUAUCGACUGUGAAUACGAAAUUAGUUUCCGGUCAUCAGGAACUGGACUACGAGCCCAUACUGGCCAUAAUUAUCGGUGCCUUACUGUCCCUAAUACUAAUUGUUGUCAUUGUUAUCAUUAUAUGCAAAAUCAAACAACAGGACGAAGAAAAAGACAAACGGGAACAACAAAUCAGACAAAAUGCACUAUCAUUACAAACAACCAGUCAAGACUACCAGUGCAGUAGUAGUAUUGUCGAUAUAUUAAGCACUAGUAGUGGUGGGACUACUACUGGUGGUGGUGUUGGGGGGACUGGUAGUCAUCUGAAUGCCGUUACCAACAAUUGCUAUGUUGUUGACGACCCGCCGGGACCCGGCCUUAAAGGACCCGAUGUUAUACCGUGUGGUUAG